AUGUUCGCACUUCGACAAAUUGUACAGGAUCCAACUACAGUCUCUGAAGUAAUCAGUGCUGUUAAAGACCUAGCUCCAAAUGUUCUUGGUGUAACUGCUACAAGAAUCGCUGCAUGUAAACUCUCAGCACAAUUCAAAACGUGGUUGGAAAAUAACAAGAAGGAAGUUGAUGAAAACGAAAAAGAUUCGAAUGGCGAGCCAACACCAGGGGACCGCGUGGCGUCAAGUUUACCAAAGGUUACCAAGCUCAAUCUGACAGUAGAACUUGAACAAGUUAUUGUUGGUGAUGUAUAUAUGUGCUUUUUCCCCGGUAUAUGUUCUUUACGAAUUGCUAAUAUUGUACCGUCAAUCAGUUCAUCGCCUGGUAGAAAAAACUGCCCGGCAUGGCUUAAAAUCGACUAUGCUGCAAUUGUUGAUGUCCCGUGGUAG